AUGACCGCAUCUCCUAACCAGAAUUACGCCGUACUUUUCAUUGGUGCCGGCAACAUCACUUUCGGCAAUGACAACGUGAGGUGGAACCAUUCUCUUCGGGUGGAGAGAUGCCUCGGGGCUCAGCUCAACGUUGUUGGAAUCGUGGAUCCUUCUGUCGAGCGGGUCAAACAAGUCGUCGAGCAGAAGAAGCGUUCUUCAGCUUCGACGUGCUAUUCCCAUACUCGCCACUACAAGUCGCUCGACGAGGCGGCCACUGGUCUUGAGGAGCGAGGUUGUACUCCUAAACUCAUCAUCAUCGGUGCUCCGCCGUAUUUUCGUGGUACCAAGCUGCCGGGACGAAAUCUCGAGGAGCAGGUAAUUGCUGCAUUCGGCAAAGGGCCUUCUAUUUUCUGUGAGAAACCCGUCUCGACGGCACUCGCGCAUGAGUCGCUCCCAGUUGUGAAGCUUUUGAACGAAUCUGGAAAUAGAGUGUCGAUCGGCUAUAUGCUUCGCUAUCUCCAAGUGGUUCAGAAAGCCAUGUCCAUCAUCCGAGAGAAUGAGCUAACCAUUAUGUCUAUCACUGCACGGUACACCUGUGCUUACUCUAGAAUUAGAAAGGUUGACUGGUGGGACAAGUCGAAGCAGUGUGGUCCUAUCGUGGAACAAGCAACCCACUUCUGCGACCUUGCCCGAUAUCUUGGCGGUGAUAUUGACCUUGACACGGUUCAAGCAUACUCGUUGGAACACUACGAACCUCCUGGGAAACUGAGCCACAUGGCCAUAGACGAAUCCAAGAUUCCCGAGGAUGAGAGGAUUCCCAGGGCCACUUCUGCCAUGUGGAAAUUCCAGAACGGCGCACUCGGGUCUCUGACUCAUCUUGUUGCUUUGCAUGAUAUCAAAUACUCGAACGACAUCGUGGUCACGGCUGAUGGGUACCAACUCCGGCUGACGGACCUCUACUCCAUCCCUACAUUGCAUGUCAGAACCCCAGAGUCUGAGGAAGAAAAGGAGUUUCAGUUCCCGGGUGACGACCCUUUCUACUCGGAAUUUGCCGCUCUGCUGCAGAGUGAAAGAGGGGAGGAUAUCACUGAGACUUCAGGUGGCAUUCUUUCAACUUACGAGGAUGCUUACAAGACCUACGAGUUCACGUGGAAGAUCAGGGAAGCAAGUGAAGAGUCUGCCAGGUUCUUGAGGCAAAAGAAGUAG